AUGGACUUGAUCAGCGAAUAUAUACCGCGAGAGCAGUGGAGCUCGAUGUACUGGCAUGCUAGCCCAUCGUGCAUUGAAGGUUCCACUGCCAACAUGCAGAAGAGGAACGUGAAGGAGUUUGUAAAGCUCACACUAUGGACCCUCAGUCUCAUGAAGCAGUGCAGACCAGGAAUGUGGACCCUGGAACAGAUCCCUGUAAUCGCUAGAUACGUGAUGUUGGAGACACCAUAUGCUGAAGUCUUGAACAUGCGUGAAUUCACAGCCCAGACGUCCGACAGGAAAAGACUCAUCGCCUCUAAAAGAGACCUGAAACUGCAAAAGCUGUCAGCGGAGGAAUACAAAGAAAAAUUUAUAUCUCCGAAGAGGAUGCUAAUGGAAGCGUACGAUCUCAUGGACAAGGAGAUUGAGCUAAUACGUAAUGGGCAUAACUACGUAAGGUCAGCAGAAGAGCCGGCCUACACAAUCACUGGUAAUCCAAUUCAGUAUGGUCCGCAAGGACCCGACAUGAAACCAGUGAAGACACCAGAGUUACUGAGAAUGAUGGAUAUUAAGAAGGGAGACUUUCAAUUCCCAGAUGACCUCAACGCAACGAUGAUGUUAAAAUUAUGUUGCCAGUGCAUACCACCGUCGUUCUCAGAAGAGAUGACAGUAGCAGUGCUAAACACGUGGCAUGAUGCUAAUAAGAAAAAUAUACACAACCAUUUCGAAGACAUAUUCCAUGGAUUCGGGGUCGAAUCCGAAAUUUUUGCGGGGGACCCGAUGGCCAUGAGAACGGGAUGGGACGAGUUGAGGGACAAUGUAGUUCCCGACAUUGCAAUGGUUAUGGAUCAGGACACUUGGCGCAUAGGGAGAGUGGCGGAACAUGACCAUGAAAAGAAGAGAAAAUUGGUAUGUUUGGCGUAUAACAUGGCAGUUGCCUGGUAUGACGAAGACGCAGUCUGCAAGCCAGACGGAAGGUUAAACACACGACACAUGACAAAGGAAGACCUAGCAAAGGCUUCGGUCAAAGCACAUACAAUGCAAACUGAGUAUGCUCAGGAGCCUUUGAAUAUGAGCGUGAUAGACUUGCCUGACAUCUGCAAGGAUGUGCGUCCCAGACCAGACAGAAACCGUGAGGACCCCAAAUACGUGCCAUGGCGAAGGGUGUUCGAGCGCUAUAGCCUGGAAGAGAUAGAGCAAAAGUUCCUGCCGUACGAUCACAGCACAGCAGGGGAAUUUAUAUAUGAAGUUAACCCAUCAGAAGGAACCGACAUCUCCCCAGAAGGAUGCCUAAUUCCGCCGAACACUAAGGGAAUAUCUACAAGUAGUGCAUGGCGAGAGCAGGUAGACCACCUACUGUUGGAUAAGAUAAUGAAUAAUCGUAAACUGAUGGCAAAACUAGGAGGCAUGAGUCUCCCUGAGGAUGGUGGCGCGGCCAAUGAUGGCGCGCCAGAAGGAGUAUCCUUCCUGAUGGGUAUCAGUCAUAUGACUGGAGUACCCUUCUCCAUCAUGCACGACCCCACCAUAGCUGACUUGUGGAUGGUGUUGAGAGACAUGUUCUUGACAAUAAACCAGGGGCGUGUUAAAGGCAACAAGCUUACCAAUAUUAAAAUUUCGAUCGCCUCUAGAGAUGGGAAAACCCGCUCUAGCGCAAAGGACUUAGGAACCGCUGUCAUGACUUCAGGAGGGCCCAACGUGGACAGCCACGUACUGGUCUCAGAGCCUGAGAGGCGAAUCGACACGUGGGGCCGGUUAUGCGAAAUCAAUAGGCGAACCGGGAUUACGCAUGAACUAGGAGCAGGGGUUCGAUGGACCAUAACCUUCUAUUCAGAUUUCAGGAACAGGUUCAGUCAAAACACAGCAGUUCAGUUGAUGGACUCCGUCACUGACGGAACCUUGUGGAGUGCUGACCAGCAUCCACAGAAAGAUACUGAGGCUGAGGGAGCAGCUGCGAACUCAACCGAAACAACCGCGGAGGCCGAAGUUUGGCCACCGUGGAAAAACGCCGACAGGGAUGAGCGAGGGCUACCGUUGCCUGACCAACCCAAAGACUUAGGCGUCGACGAUCAGUGGCGAGUAAAACCUGCUACGGAUCAAGAAUUAAUUGACACCAUGAAAAGGAUUGGUGUGACAGAUAACCCAGUGCUCGGGGACUCCAUGAAGCAGCACUUCAAAGAGAUGAUAGCGUACUGUUGGGGUAUGUUUGAUAAAACCCUUAGACCGGUAGACUCAGACCCGGUUGGGAUUCAGUUCUUAGACCCCCGACAGCAGCCUAUUAAACUACAGCCAUACAGACUCAAUGCCCCUAAACUAGCCUUCUUGAAAGACACAAUUCAGGAAUGGAUACGAGAUGGAAGAUCCAGCGUCGAGGGCGGUGGCUGUCUGAUUGUUGGUUACUGUAUAUUUGGCCGGACAGGGAGGAGGCAACAGAAGUCGACGAGAAGAGUCACCUGGGUCCGAAGUUUUACGGUGGCGAAAAAUUUACACGAAUUUUCAAGAUUCUCGGACCCUGAGAAGGACUUCGGCGAUGGCCGGUUCGCCACAUUCUCCUUUUUUGUGGACAUUUUCCGGUGCACACACGUCGAUCUUCGCGUAGAGGUCGUUUGGCUUUGGACGAGAGAUGCGUUGGUGCAAUAUUUUGGCAGUGCUAAGAAGCACGACAAUUGGAAAUAUCAGUAUGAACGAGUCUUCGACUCGUGGGCACCGACAACGGUAACUCAUACAGCCCCGAUUCCUUUUGUGAAGGUUGCAGCCGCGGAUGUCACUGGAUUUGAGUUGGCCGAGUGA